AUGUUAGAAGAUAUGUGGUAUGAACAAAUUUAUUCCAGUGUGAUCACUGUUGGAUGUGUGGCCAUAACGAUGUAUGCAAUGCUACCGAUUAACUUGUUAGAAACAGGCCAUGCUCAUCGUCGUAAUAUGUCAAAAUAUAGAAUUUUACUUAAUAAAAGAGACUGGAAUUUGACAGGCAACAUGUAUGAAGUCCAAGGACUUGAGUCGAUCCCCUCUGAAUCGUCUUCGUAA